AGAUCGGGAGACGUUCUGACAACAUUGAAACCUCUUCGGCCUGAACCCAGCAUCAUUCUGUCGGAGACGCCCGAUCAUCCCGUCCAUGGGGUGGCUGUUGUGGGAUUCAGUUUUACGGGCAAGCGAGCAGUUCUGGAUAUUGUGAGAAAUGAGGGAUGCUCCAUGAAAUGGAUAGUUGAAGACGAUGAGAACUUAAUUAAGGAAGCAAAAGCAACAUUAGAAUCGAUGAAGAUCAAAGAGGCAAAGGUUGUUCCGUCGUCUCAAUAUACGGACGUCUUAAAUGACAAGAGUGUUCGAAUCGGUGAAUACUGGUGUAAUCAUGCCUCCAGAGAUCUUCUGAAUGUUAUUCUUGCAGUGAUUAUCAGCGGUCCUGUCGUUGAUCGUCCAAGACGUGCAAGCGAAGCUUUGAAAGCGCACAAGGAUGUCCUCUGCGACAGACCGAUUGCCAUGACGAUUGAUUCUGCAAGAGAGCUAUUUGCACUUGGACGGCGACAGAAGCAAGUGCUGAUGACACUACUUCCUGGAAGACCUGGCAAAUCUUUCUCUGCUGUCGUGAUGUCUUUGUUCUCCUCUGCUUCCAAGAUUGUCUGCGAACGCGUCAUUCCUGACGGAUAUAAGCAUCCUCUGCUUGAUAAGAAGAUCAAUCCAUCGGAUCCUUCGGUCGAGGCCAUGUUUAUCGAUACCAUCUUGCAUGAUUGUUUUGCCGUUAAUUUCUGCAUGUGUAUGAGGCCCACGGAGGUUUCAUCGUGCCUCGUCUCUGGGAAGGAGCACAAAGCUGAAAUCACCGUGUUGUAUCCCAACGGAUGUGUUUACACAAUUUUCACGGCACUUGGAUUGGAAUCCGUUGAUACUCAGAGCUUUUCACUGUCAGGAGAAAGAUUGGUCGAGAUGAGGAGAGUCGAUCACAUGCAUGUCUUUCAGCACGAGAUAACGCAGGAUAAACAUCAAGAGUCUAAAGUUCUUCGCUUCACUCAGGAAUACGAAGCUGCGAGAGCAGACGCGCUGGAGCAAAUGUACGCUGCGUCCUCUGGAGCCAAGGCGAUCGCAUCGAGAGUUCGCCCGCAACUGAUCGAGCAGAAUGUGGUUGACUGUCUCCGUAUUGCCCAGGCAUGCACUAAGGCGCUAAGGACUGGUCAGACUGUUCCCAUCGAAUAUUGGUAAAGCAACGAGUCGCUGUCAUGGUGCAGAGGAACCAGAUGACGGGAGAGAAUCUCCCCGGCCACUGAGCGGCUACUUCCAUAUGAUUUUCCU